GAGAGUGCAUCUUCCUAAAAAUCUUGUUUAUCUAAAUUUAACAACUAAUACCUUUAGAUUUGGUCAAUUUAAUUUUUCUGAGGACAACAAUCUCAAAGUUAUGGACAUAAGGUACCAAAUAGCUGCACUUCCAUGCGAUGGUCGUCGAAUUGAAGGUUUAAUUCACCUAACAGAAUUUGAUAUGUCAGGAAUGGAUUGUUCAUUUCCACAUCCUAAGAUGUUCACAAACAUGUUGAAUCUUACGAAACUAACGGCGAGAGGGUGCAACCUAGGGAAUAGCAGACGGUUUUAUACAAAUGCUCUAUUUAAAGGCUUGAAUCAUCUUUCUAAUAUCGAUAUAUCGUCAAACAAAAUAAUACAACUAAACUCCAGUACAUUUGCCGAUCAGUCGGAUUCAUUGAAAAUGCUACUGCUUGAUAGCAAUUUAAUCGAAAAUUGUCCGAUUCAAAGUUUGGAACAACUGAAGGUAUUAGAAUUGCUCGAUAUCAGAAAUAACCUUAUUGCUUCUUUAACCUAUUCCGAAUUUACACUUCUUGAAAAUUAUCCAUCGGCGUCAGAGAAUUUUAAAGUUAAACUUGCUGGAAAUCCAUUCGUGUGUGAUUGUAGCAGCAUGGACUUCCUUUCUUGGAUAUCUACGACACAGGUUAUAUAUGACAAAGAUGAUCUCGUAUGUAUAAAUAACAACAUGAAAGUUGUCGAGUUACUUAAAACAUUUCAAGAUUUUAGAAUUGACUGUACAUCUCAGUUUUGGCUGAUCUUUGCAGUCAGCCUCGCAGUGAUUUUCCUCGUGUUGGGAAUUGUAUUCCGAUUGGCUUGGCGAUACAGCGUGAAUUUACGCUUUUGGUGCCGACAUCAAGUAGAACACGAGACGUUUCCAUAUGAUAUAUUCAUUUCAUACUGCAGAGAAGAUUGCAAAUGGAUACGGAAACCAUUUACUACAUGGCUUGAACAACACAAUAUCAGAUAUAGUGCUGAAGAUAAAACUUUUGAUACGGGACUAGACAUGUGUGAUAAUAUUAUGGGUGCAAUUGAUGAUUCGUAUCAAACUGUAUUUGUAGUAAGCUGUAAAUUCCUUGAAUACGAAUGGCAAACAUUCGCUAUGAAGGUAGCAAGCAGAUACUCAUUUCGUAAAGGAAGAGAACGCAUGAAUAUCAUUAUCCUAUUAGAUGAUAUGAAGCGGAGCGAAUUUCCAAAACUCAUCCGAGAAAACUGGGACAUCAUACGUCCUUUACAAUGGCCAGAUGAGCAUAACACUGAUAAAACAAGACUCUGUACAGCAAGGAAGCUAUUCUGGGUAAAGUUAUUGAAACGAAUUCGGAAAGGAAAUAAAAGACUAGCUUCAUCCCUUAAUUCUGAAUCAACGGUAUAGAUUUGUGCGUAUCCCAGU